UUAAAAAUUGCACUUUUUAACAAGCAAUGACAAAGGAUGUCAAGCCACAAAAUGUAAAUUCAGCUUUUGAAUGCAUCGUCUAGGUUCUUUAUAGAGUCGCGGACACAGUAUACGAACAAAAUUCUUUAUCUUUCGUUCAAAAUUAAAGUUAAACUUGAAACAAGUAAAAUCAGAACAAUGUAAAAUUAAAUAUAAAAAAUUCGAGCAUAUUUCAUGUUGUUAUUAUAUAAUUUUGACUUAUUUAGUUUAAAUAUAAAGAGCAUCACUUCUUGACGUAAAGAUGCCAUUAUAAAGAACCUAAGUUUGAUGGCUUCGAAACCAUAGACAAUUCCAGUUGACCGAGAGCGAUCCGAAAAGAUCGCGGAUUGCCUGUAGAAUUCGGUGUGGAUUGAGAUGUCGGAUAUCGGCAGCGGCGACGAGGGGCUUUCUAGUCAGAAAUAUCAUGGUCAAGGCAUGGACGCGGGAGGAAACAAUUUUGACUCCGGCCAGCAGCCGCAGGAGCAGGAGUUGGCCACGAAGAUGCUCCAGAUCCAGUCCAAGCGGUUCUACCUCGACGUGAAGCAGAACCGCCGCGGCCGCUUCAUCAAGGUCGCGGAGAUCGGCGCAGACGGUCGGCGCAGCCAGAUCUUCCUGGCGAUGUCGACGGCGGCGGAGUUCCGCGACCAUCUGUCUGGGUUCAGCGACUAUUACUCGUCGCUCGGACCUCCCAACCCGGACAACGUGCCCGACGACGGCAAGCUCAAGUCCGAGAUGAUGCUCAAGGAUAACAGGCGUUACUACCUCGACCUAAAAGAGAACUCGCGCGGGCGGUUCCUGCGCGUGUCGCAGACCAUCACCCGCGGCGGGCCGCGCUCGCAGGUGGCGCUGCCCGCGCAGGGCAUGAUCGAGUUCCGGGACGCGCUCACCGACCUGCUCGACGACUUCGGCACCGACGACGGCGGCUUCAAGGGCGAGCUGCCCGAGGGGCGCCACCUGCGCGUCGACAACAAGAACUUCUACUUCGACAUCGGCCAGAACAACCGCGGGGUCUACAUGAAAGUCAGCGAGGUGAAGAGCAACUUCCGCACCGCCAUCACUGUUCCCGAGAAGUGCUGGGCGCGCUUCCGGGACAUCCUAGCCGACUACACCGACAAGAUGAGCCGCGCGCACCCCGACUCCAUGCAGGGCGGCGGCAGCGCGCGCGCCGGCGGCAGCGCCGCGCCGCCCCCCGACACGGAGUCGUUCGGCGCCCGGACCUGAUGCGGCGGCCCUCGAAGUGUAUAUAGUAUUUUAUAUACGUAGCCUGUUAUAGAUCGCGGCUCGCGCGGACAUUCCGACCUCUGUCUCAUCCUCCGUUCUGAGCGUUCGUAAGACGCGUUAGUUGUAAGGUAUUAAUGUGAUAAAAACACGUUUUUGAGCUUUAUUGUUUUAUCUUUUUUUGUAUAAUUGUAAUUAAUUUGUCAAGUAUUAGGGCGGGAGCGGCCGGGCGAGUCCGGUCCGCGUUCGUGGCCUUUUGUGUGUCGUCGCCGCUUCCACUUUACAGGCAAUGAAUUACUUGAAUGAAAUGUAACGCCGGCGAGCGGACGGUUUUGAUGCAUGCGGAAUCUUUGAGCCGGUCGCGGAGUCCCUUGCUUGAAAGUUACGAAAUAAAUGCUCCUAAAAAACGGACAGACAGACAAACAUGACGAAUCUAUAAAGGUUCCGUUUUUUGCCAUUUGGCUACGGAACCCUAAUUACGCUCUACGCUGACGCUAGCAAAAUAUCAUCAUGCAUGUGUUCGACGCUCCACGCCGCUAGCGUCAGCGUCAAGCGUAAUCGCCCGGAGCGUGUGUCUUGUAGUGGAGUGGUGCUGCGCUCGGCCCGGGCGCUCCCGCAGCGCGUAACGUAGGAUAUAAAAAUUGGUAAAUCUAAAAAGAGAUUUUGAAAAAUGUAAAAAAAAAAUCAAAUUUAACAAUCGUGCACGCCUGGCCGAAAUCCUAACGACAUAAUAAGGAGUUACGUUGAUGUAAAAUGCCACUUAUCUAGUUCGUAGGGGAAUGAUUUUUUUAUAUGAAUUAUGUAAUAAUAGUGUUUUGACUGAAAACGAUGGGGAGCUCGCGGUCCGUCGAUGAAGUCCCCAAUCUAUUUAAAAAAAAAAAUCUUGAAAUUGUGUUUUACGAUUAGAUUUAAAUUCCACUGCAUUAUAAUUUAUGUACGAAAUCGGGAUAUCAGUGAUCAUGUGCUAUGAAUUCAAUAUGCCUUUAUUUUGAACGGAAGUGUACAUCAGUACCGCGGGUUCCCUUUUCGUGCACCGGGUGUUUACAGGGGGCAGGGCCGAAGCUAAACGACACUCACGACGUGGCGGUCAAUAUCAUGACUCGACUUGAAUGGGCCUUCGGCGGUCAAACCGUCGGGGCUUAUGUGAAAGAAUUUAAAAAAGAUUUAAUCUUUGGCUUUUAUAUGAAAUUAAAAGCAAGUAUACUGUGAAGAUCAAAACGUAAUAAUAACGUAUUCCGAACUGGAUUGUCUUGUAGUACUUUCAAUUGAUUUUUUUUAAAGGAUAAUAGGAAAAAAUCUUCACUUCGGCAAAGAGAAUUUGAAAUAGAGGUAGAUUGUCAAAGAAAACUUUGUAGCCACAGUAAAUUUACUGCCAUCUUUCGACACAUGAUUAAAACUUUUAGAACGCCAUUUGACUUUGAGCCUUAUUCUUUCACUGAUAUGUGUUAAAUUUGUUAAAUAUCAAAAAGUGGCGCCAUCUUACCGCGCAUCGGCUAAAGGUUGUGGCGCCAUCGCUCGAAACGAUACCGCCAUACCUUUGGCCUUUGAUCUAUUAGAUGGCGCCACUUUUUGAUAUUUAACACAUAUCAGUAAAAAGAUAAGGAUCGAAGUCACAUGGCGUUCUAAAAGUUUUAAUCAUGUGUCACAAAAUGGCAGUAAAUUUACGUGGCUACAAAGUUUUCUUUAACAAUCCACCUCUAUUUCAAAUUCUCUUUGCUACCAACUGAGCUAACGAAGCUGUCCAUCUUUCCUUUAUCUUAAAUUUUUUAGUGUCGCUCGCAGACUUGCUUGAUAUCAGUUAGUCUCCGGUAUACUUGCUUUUGACGAGUGAUAUGAGACCAUCGUCAGUGUCGGCCGCUCGGCCAUCUCGAAUCAUUAGGUAGGCGCCGCAAGCUGUGAUAUGUCGGUACAGCCAUAGAGAAAUAAGAAGUAAUAGAGUGCUCACUCCACUCCACUAAUAUUAUAACCAGAGUAACCGGAACUCUAUUUUCAACUCCUACACAUACCCUGGUUAUAAUAUUAGCUGAAAAUCGUUGAGCAUUAGACCUUUUGUUUGCCGCGAUAUCCAUUGUCGAGUAGCAGUACUGAGAGUUCCGCUACUCGAUGCUAGAUGUCGACUGCGUAUAUAAUAAUCAUUUUGGUACCAAAACUGAUGUAUGGAGUGAGCACUCUUUUACUUCUUAUUUGUCUAUGGUACAGCCGAGGGUUGUACUGGCGGGAGGCUCGGCCGCACGCUGGUGCCGAUAUUUUUCUAAAUUGUGGGGUUUUCGACUCGGCCAUAACCCGCUCCGAGCUAAUCUGAAGGGAAUAAGAUAUGCAUUGCAUCUGGCUAAAGAGAAUCAAUUGUAAUAGAGAGGUAGUCUAAAAAAAACGUGCCCUUUAGUUUGACAUCCAAAACAGAUGGCGCUGUACUGCGCAUUAUGUUUUGCGGUCGCUGAAUUGUCAAACGGCAACUUUUGACAGUCGCAGUUACCGCAAAAUGCAUGGAGCUGUCCAGCGCCAUCUCGUUUACCUAUAAAAUUCGAAGCACGAAAUUGUCUUAGAUUUUACACAUCUUACUCAAUUAAUGUAUCUUUGAUUUUGCGGCUUUUAAUGUUUUACCUCAAUUUUUCAAUACUUUGGAAAUAUAUUAAUGCUUAUAAUGUUGCCAGUGAAGUGUCUCGGCUAAAUCACUAGCUAUUUCAUACAAAUAUUAUACUGCCGCAGAGUAACGAUAUACAACUGAAAAUAAAUUAAAAUUAGACAUGUUUUCGUGAUUGGGUCUAAAUUCUUUUCGUUGUCUUAUUUCUGACCACUCUGUCACGCUUGUAUUUUUUCUAUCAAAUAAAUAAAAAGGUCGAGUGGUAUGGCACGUCUUUCUAGCUGUAGAUUAUAUUUUACAUGAGAAAAAUUAAAAACAAAAUUUCAUCUCAUACAAGAAGCUUUCCGCAACAAUUGUAAGUUUCUGUGUGGCCCAAUGGUUGACGGGUAGAGAAUGCCUUAAGGCAUUAAGUCCGCCAUUUGCACUUUUUUUGUAUUGUGCAAUAAAGGUUAAAUAAAUAAAUAAAAAGCCCCACUCCGUCACAUUUUUUGAGAGUAAAAAAAACAAGACAAUGAAAAUAAUUUUGACACGAUUAUUUGAAUCGAGCCCACUUUAAAUGUAGUAUGAUAUUGGUCAGAGUAUGCCCUUGCAAAUAUAACCUAGUUUCAGAGUUAAUUUGUUCAUUAAGACGUGGACCAAUUCAAUACAAAAACUACAAUUUUGUCGGUCGGUGUUAGCGUCAAACGUGAGAGACCCCACUUUAGCGUCAUUUGAGCGUCGGCGUCUAGUCAACGCUAUGGAGAUAUAGUAUACCCUAACAUACGCUAAAAAAUGCAUCCAACGUCACGGUAGCACUCAUUCUCAAUAUGUUUAUACAUACACCUAGAUAGGCAAAGGGCAUAAAAGAGACGGCAUAAUUAAAAUAAUACCUAUGUAAAAAAGAGACGACUGGUGUUUGCAACUUGCGCGUCGUAGUUAAAGUCCAACGACUAAGAGCAAAUUCUACAAUCGUCACAAGUGCUUCAAUUUUGGAACGCGCAUAGCCUAUUGUUAUGGAAAAUGGUGUCGCUACGCAGUUACGCCAUAGAAUUGACUAGACGCCGACGUGUCAAAGGCGCUAGUGUGAUGGGUCUCUGAACGCUCGGAGCCUGUUCCGUGGCCCUCGGGUUAGGGCUUUAAAAGUGAGGGCGGGUUUUGGAUUUUUUUAAUUUUUCCGCCUAAGCGGUGCGGCCGAGCCGGCUAGGUUAAGUGUGGCGUAGGCACCCCGUGUUAGGGUGUUUUUUUAUUGUUGUAAAUUCAUCUGUUUCAACAAUUUCCAGAAAUAUUAGGUUAUUUCUACUCAGAAUUAAGAACACCAUAUAUUCUAGGAGAAAAUAUUGGAACACUCUGUUAAUUCCUAGUAUUUUUGACUUUCCAUUACGUUUCGGUCAUAAAAGUACCUUUGAAAGAAAAUUUGUAUUUAUUACUUUUUCUUAUUAUAGAAUCAAUAAAGCUCGUGAUACUAAGUAGGAAUAAGCUACUUCUGGGAAUCCUAAGAACAUGAACGUUACAACAAUAUAGAGAAACGCCCGUUGGUCGCACUCGAUGGGUGGAGGAACCUUUACGAGUUGUGGCGAGUCGCGGGCGCACCCGUCGAGUGCGUGGCGUGUGCGUGUGUAUAUAUAUGUGUGUGUGUGUGUGUGUGUGUGUGCGCGGGACGCACGCGGGCGGCGCGGCGCCGUGUUACUGGGGUGCGCCGGUGUGUGACGCCGGCUCCGCUCCGUGAUGCGACGGUUCCGUUCCGUGACGCGACGGUUCCGCUCCGUAACGGGUCGGUUCCGCUCCGUGACGUGACGGUUCCGUUUCGUGAUGCCGGUUCCGCUCAGUGACGCGGUGCCGCGCCGCACCGCUGUAGUUUAAGUUCAACACUACACCGGGCGUCGGACGUGCCUUUAUUUACUAAUUGUCUUAUUUUGCAUUUUUGUUUUUUUUUCUUUACUAUAAGUGUAUCACCCGUUUUCACCCUCUAAUGGUAGCUUCGCGCCGGCGACGGCCCGCGCGUUACGCGGUUUUAACACUGAUGCGGACCCGCACGCCGCUUCGGUGUGCGAGCGAGACAGCGCUAUGCACGUACCUAUAUACGACGGUACGCCGCCGCGCACAUCGGAGCGUCGUGCAGAUCCGCAUCUGUGAAGACCGCCUUAUCUCGUUAUAAAUGUAAUAUUAUGUAUAUCUACGAAUUCGAGUCAGGUUAGUAGUAACUCGUUUUUAAAAUUUUAUUGUGUUACUAAAUGAUAGGGUAAUGUUUUUUUAUUAGUGGUACGUUGCCGACAGUUGUGAUGUCUCCGAUCCUUUUCGUCAUCGCUUCGCUCGUCGCCCCCGGAUCCAGAAGAGCCUUCACUAGCCUUCAUCUCACUGUAACUAAAGUACUAAAUAAGACCUUAAUAUCAACUAUGUUUUUCGUUAAUGACCAGAGACUCUCGUGCAUAAUGAAAACAGCGAGUGAGAGUCAGCUUGGAGUCAAAUUAAAUGUGGUUUGUCUGGUUGGCUAUGGCCUGUGGUCUACGGCUCAUGGCCUGCGACCCCGGACGCGGCGAGCGAGCGAGUUAGUCCUAGAGUACUUGACCUACGGAGCUAGAGUAGCCUGUAAGCUAUGCAGUCAUCUCCUGGAGACCAUAUACUAAUAGUGUGGAAUAAGUUCGUGACGUCCGAUAAAAUGUUACAUAUAGAAAAAAAAGAUAAAAUAUAUAAAAAAUAAAUCACUUCUCUAUAAUAAAAUAGAAAUAUAUCUGCCGGCGGGGGCGGCGCGGGGCUUCGUGCGGGCCGUGGGGAGGCGCACUUGCCUCCGGGGGGCGCUCACCUCCGGGGCUUUUGCCUCCGGGGACGCACUUGCCUCCGGGGCGCUUGCCUCCGGGGAGUUUGACUCCGGGGCUCUUGCCUCCGGGGGGCGCACUUGCCUUCGGGGGCGCUUGCUUCGCGAGGUGAACGGUGUGCCUCCUCGCGACUAGUGGCUUAAUUUUAACAACAAUUUAUGGUACAAAAUAUAAUUUUAGUUCCAUAGACGUUUAAGAUCUACAGAGUUUAUAUUUAGACAAAAGUGAUUAAAACCGACUUAGCAUCGUCGAUAAAUAUAAUUAAUGUUACAUAUAUGUGUAUCCGAGUGAGGACUGACAUAAAUUUAAUGUUAACAUAGAUCUAUAUGUUGUGAGCUAGUUAUCGCGUGGUGAUUACGUCGGCUGCAGGCCUCCACGCGCGCUCAGCCCCUCCAGCAGGCAUCCUGUAGUCGUUAGAGUCACUCCCUGCCCAACUUUGUUAAACCUUAUCCUUAUAACACCUGUGUAUGAAUGCACACCCUUCGACAUAUAAUUGUUCUUAUUAAAUGCAUCACACAUACUCCUCAGAAUUUAGUAUCAACGAAAACAUCAUUGUAGCCACUAUAUCUCCGAUAUGUCUAGUAUAGCAACCAUUCUCUUAACGGCGGGAGUGACCAGAGGGCCUAGCCAAGAUGACAAUCGGCUAUCGACAAAUUCCGUUCGAAAAGUCAAAAUGUAUCGAAAUGGCAGAUGCGAUGAAAAGUCACGAGAUCAUUUCAUACAUUAUUUAAGUUUCGAUUGUCAUUUUCUAUAACCGAUUGUUACAGUAGUAUUAGGUAUGCAAUGGCACGGUUAUGGCCAGACACCAGUCGAUGUAUGAUGGUUGGGGCCCGGCGCGCGGCCUGCGGCGAGUACAGCGCUGCCCUGUGAUACCGCCCCCGCACUUCCCACGCAAGCUUUCACUUCUUCUGUAUGCGCUGCGCGAACGCCUGUGGUACGAACAUUCACUAUCGUUCGGCUAUGGUCGAAAGAUACUAUGCUAUUUGAUUCACGCCCAAAUACGCGAUUUAUAAAGUGAAUUUGAAAAAUCGAGAAUAUAUUCGCGCUUUCACCCAUACGUACGACUCAUCCGCUGAGAAACGCAAGUCAUUGAGAAUGGCCCCGUAUCCGUGUUCCUUCAGUGACACGGAUCCGUAUUUGUAUCGGAUGGCAGGCGCUCGUGCAGCGGCGCUCGGCGCCGGAUAGUCAAUUAAUGUAGCGGCCCCGCUCCCCCCGCCCGCACCGGCUCUAGCUACGGGACGACAACACCGCGAAACUAUAAAAUAAAACAAAAAAAUCCUAAAAAAAACAGAGUUAUAAUAGUACGUUAGUUUUAAUUAUAUUUCUGACAAGAAUCGAUGUUUUACUAAAGUUUAUUUACGCGUUCGUCCGCGGCGGCCCGCGGGCCGCCAUGACCGAGCGGCAUCGAACUCACGCAAUACACGAUUUUAACUACACGUAAGCAAUACCACAGUACCUGAAAUUAAGGAAAAAAAGAGUAUAAAAUGUAAUAGUACGGAAAUAGUGGUCGAAGCACGCCGCCCCGCGGCGUCCUGCGGGUUCGAUGGACGUUCAGUUUAGUUUCGGGUGGUCGAUCGUACUAAGGCUUCUGUAAUUGUUAAAUAUUGUCAAAUAAAGUAAUUAAAGUAACGGAUCUUACAACGUUCGUAUUUGUAUAGCUGGAGCGCUCACCGUAAUGUUCAGCCAUUGCAGUAAUCUGGGAGCUGUCUGAAUCAGUCGCGAGACAAGUCGGUCGACGAAUCGGCAGAUUAGCGGUUAGGGUAAACGGUUGUAGGGAACACGAGCGGCGGCGCGCGCCGGCUCCGUGUCGGCGCCGGCGUGCGCAGUCGGGACGAGGGUGAAACAGCUUGACUCUUUCAUAAUACUAAAGAAAGAUUAUGGAACAUGACAUCAGUUUCCAAUGUAGUUUGUCCGAAGACAGACGUGUAUGUAGGAGUGGCCGCGCGGGCCGGGACCCGCGUGGCGUUAUCAGACGUGGGGAGUGAAGUUGAACAAAUACUGCCAAUCGAUUGUAGGUUUAUAAUAAUAAUGGAUAAUGAUUUGUAGAAUUAAACCAUUUCGAAAUAUUGUGUCCUGAAUAUUUCAUAUUUUAUGUAUAGUAUUGAUAACGGUGGCUAAGUGCCGUUCAAAUGUUCCGCUUCGGAAAACGUUCAGUUUCGUUCGUGCCUUCAACUUCACAAAGUAACUGACAAUAGCAUUGCAAUCGGUUAGCGACACACUGGGAGUUUGGACGGACAGGGCCACCAUGUAAAUGUUUUCUUAGGGUCAGGAUGGAUACAAACUGUGUUCUGUAGAGUACCGAGCGACAGGGCGUUGACUAGAUAGCAGGCGCCGGGCCGCCGUGCCGGCUCCGGCGCGGAUACGACGCGGGGCCCGGGGGCUCGGCGCUGUAAGUAAUUUGGUGCGAAUGGGGUUCGCAGAAGGAGCUAAGUUGUAAAAAAAAACUAGAUUGCUAUAUACAUAAAAUUGUUAGGUUUAAAAGUGUUGGCAUAUUGGGUGUUGUGUACCUAUGGGGAGGUAGUCACGAACGACUGCUUUUGAAUUCUCGAUUGACGUGCCCCGUGUGAAUGAAAUGGUAGUUAGCUCUGAUUUAAAGCUUUUACGAACUUUAUUCGAUUUGGCACCCAAUAUGCACAGGAAAAGUAGUUGGUAAUUUUUGAUAUCGAGAAUUCGGAAUUGUGGGACUGAUGGGGCUCAUAUGAUGAGGAUAAAUUUUUUUUCGGAUUAUUUGGAUUAUUCUAAAAAAAUACAAUUCGUGUGUGACACGGCUCGCUUCUCUCUGAGACUGGUUCGGUGUGUGCCGGGCGGGGCCGCGGCGCGACUAUCGCGCGAUUGUCGGACGACAGUCGCACGACUGUCGCGCGACUUACGCACAGUCGCCGCGUCGCGCCGCGGCUUCCGACCCGGAUGAGAUUUUGUAUCCAAAGAUUGUAUAGUGUGAUGUAUAACUUCCUAUAGGUUUAUUAUUAUUAUACUAGUAUUUUAUACUUGUUAUUUUUCUAUUGUUUGACACUAGUUCGUAUCGGAAAUGUUUGGAACAUUGUCAGAUCUCCAGAUCGAUUUUAAAAUUUAGCUGUUAUAAUAUAAGUUGUGUACCGAAAUUGUCGAGGCCGCUGUGACGCGAUGCGAUCGCGUCGCGGCGCGUCAUAUUGUAUCGCUAUGUAUUUUUUGGGAUGAAGGAAGUUAUGUGAGCGCGCGCUAUGGCAUAAAAUGUUACCGCGCUGUCGUCUGUCCGUUGUAUAAACGGCAUUGAGGCCUUAAGCUUCGGUAAUGGGUAAAAAAGUACGUAGUUAAGGCCUUUAAUUCUCAACUAAUUAGUUUAUUGAACUACGAAAAUUCUCAGUGAAACAAUUUGAAUUGUAAACGCCUGUCGCCUUAUUUAUGCAUAUUUUUCAUCUCUUAUCGGAGAGUAAAAAUUUUAAAAUUUGCAAGUCAAAUUGAGGUCUUGCGCGCUGUAUGUGAGCGCCCUUAGAAAGGCUCUGACAGACGGCGGCGCGGCGCGCUCGAGCGAGGAGCAGUCAAACUGCAUGGUGCUUGUGUACUUACGAUGGAUAUCAUUAUAUUUUCUUUUCUUAUACUAAAAGUGUGACGCCUAUUUAUUUUGUAUACGAUUCGAAUCGACAGAACGACGCAAGAGAAUGUCCAUGUUUCUAAUUUUAGUAUUUGUUUCUUUGUAACUUCAUGCCCUUUUGUGAGCGACACGUCGACGCUAGCACAGCCAGACGUGACGCAGGAUGGAAACGUGACGGCUCGGCGCGGCGUGACGCACGUGACGCCAUGACGCAUGCGACGAAUAAAGCUUGACGACGAACAAAAUAUGUGUUACUUAAUUAGCUCUUCAAUGACGCAUUGUAACAAACAUAUGUAACUUGACACUAAAUAUGACCGGUUAUUCGUGUGACUUGUGACGCAGGAUUUGUAACAUUCCGAAGGACAAAAUGAACGUGUUACAUAAACUACAUGAGAUCAAUACGGGUAAGCCGACCUUCACAUUGGAGCUUGUUUACACAUACACAUUGAUUAGUUUUUAUUGCGAGUUCAUACAUUUGCUAUUUGGGUUAUAUUAAAGAAAAUUUGAAAUACAGGUGGCUUGUCAAAGAAAAUUUUAUAGCCGCAGUAAAUUUACUGCCAUCUUUCGUCACAUGAUUUAAACUUUUAGAACGCCAUUUGACUUUAAUCCUAGUUUUUUUAAUGACAUAUAUAUGUUACAUUUGUUAAAUAUCAAAAAGUGGCGCCAUCUAAUAUAUUAUAGGCCAAAGUUAUGGCAGCAUCGUUCCGAGCAAUGGCGCCAUAACCUUUAGGUUGUGCCCGAUAAGAUCAAAUUUAACACAUCAUCAGUGAAAAAAUAAGGAUCAAAGUCAAAUGGCGUUCUAAAGGUUUUAAUCAUGUGUCGAAAGAUGGCAAUAAAUUUACAUGGCUACAAAGUUUUCUUUCACAAUACACCUCAAUUUCAAAUUCUCUUUGUCAAUAUGUACGCAGGCCCCAAUGUUAAGGUCGGUCAUACUUACCCGAAUUGACCUUAACACAUAAGGAGCAAAAUACGGUAAUGCAACUCUGGCUUCCUUUAACCUAUCGAAAUAUGCAAUCAGUAACUUUUGUGAUAUCAUAAUAAUAUGUACGAGUACCAAUAUUUGGCGGUGAAAAUGACUGACACAUGACACAAAUGGUUUUACCCUUCAUGAAAAACCAGAUACUGAUAAACAACUGAUCUUUCAUGUGUGGUGGUCAAAGAUCGUGGGUUCAAAUCUCGGUUGUGCUUAGGUUGUAUACCAUUAAGAGAAAAAAAUCUUAAACAAUUAUGUGUGUAUUUUUUGAAUCAUCAGGAAACAUUUUAAGCAUUAUGUAUUAGGUUACGGUAAUGGUAGCAGUGUCGCCUAAAGAAGUUUUCACUUCAAAAAUGCAAUAAGAUGACUAAACAUUCGUUCAGGAUCCUCGUCAUACACAGACAACAAAGUGAUAAUUAUAGUGAAAAUAAUUCGAAGUAAUCUGACGGUACCGUGACAUCGAUUCGAGACAAAUGACUAUAAAAUUAAAAUUUUAAAUCCCCCUACGCUACAUGGCAAAAAUGCCUUUAACCAUUUUGGAAAAGAGCUGAUACUCUUCAAACUGCUGGAUCGAUUUCUAUGAAACAUAGCCAAGAACCACCGCAAGGAAUCUUGCUUUCACGUAAAAAAACGCAUCGAAAUCGGUCCAUCCGUCGGGAGAGCUACGAUGCCACAGACGGACAGACAUUGGCAUCAAACAUAACACCCGUCUUUUUGCGUCGGGGGUUGAAAAAUACGGGUUAAAGCUCUGGUUUAGGAUAGCGGUGCCCUCAUGUAGCUGCCGUCUCCAUAUAAAAUAAUACGACUAAAUAUGGAUGGAGUAGUAUUUUGUAUGGAGACGGCCGCUAUCUGGGAAACCAGGGCUAUAACCGCGAAAAUGGAAGUUCGUCAAUUUGCGGGCAUUUUUCUCUGUCGAGUGACGUCUUAUAAGAGUAAAAGAGAAAAAUCCCCACAAUGUCGAUUUUGCAGUAGGCCCCCAGGGCUUAAGUAACACAUACGUGUGUCACACGACAUUUGUCCGUCACGCGACGCAGGGGCGUCACGGCGCGCCGGCCGACAGUCGACAUACACGAGUGUGGAGCGCGGCUGCGACGCGCGGUGUGCCGUAGGAACGUUUUACGAUAAAUGGUGAAAAAAUAAAUUAAUUACAAAAA